CAGCUUCGAGUAUGACUGGCCCGGAAGGAUCUCGACAUUCUCGUACACCGUUUCGAACGAUGACUGCUGUAGGCCAGUCUUGGACUCCAGCAUCGUCUUAUCCUGGCACGACGCAGACGUCAGCCUCUUUGACUAUGACGUCGACCACGGGCAGGUCGUCCACAGCGUCGACAACCAAGUCCAGUGACGAACAAGAUAUGACGCCCGAGCAGAGAAAAGGUAUGCCUUCGCCUUUGGACUUUGUCAGAAUGAAAAAGCUGAUGCGCAAGAAAAAAAGCUCAGCGGUUCAAGUCCUUGUCACGCUUUUCCCGCGAAUUCCGAAGGUGACGACAGUGUUGCUUGAAUUCUUCAUCAAACGCGAAAAUAAAGUGUCUCAGAUGCGGGACCCGCUGUGGCAUUUCUGUCAAGAGCAAUGUGUGCUGGCUGCUCAAGAUUGUCUUCAGAAGCUGCAUCGACAGUUCAUCACGUACCAGGACAUUCGUGACAUGAUCGAGAACCUGGUCUGCCUUCAUGAACUGUGUAUCAAGCGGGCCCCCACAACUGCACGCAAUAUGGGGCUCUUGGUGAGGAAGCUCACAAUCAUUGUCGGUGAGCUCGCUACAUCACUCGAGAAGAUCUCCGAAGUUCAGAUCACCGACUGGAUGGCUGUGGGUGAUUCAGUCAUCAUCAAAACAGAUAAGUUGAUAAUAGAAGAACCACUACACUUCACGGAGUUUGUGCCGAAGGCGAAGGAUAUUGAAGUUAUCAAACUUCUAGGUGCUGGAGGAUUUGGCGCCGUCUACAAGGCCCGCUACAAACCAGCAAACCUCGUGUGUACGUUGAAGAUGGUAGCUGCAGAUCGAUUCAACCGACCGAAGCAGGCGUGCAUCGAUAAGGUGGUCGCCUCGGUCACCAAGUGUCCCUUUCUCGUCAAGUAUUAUACCUGCUUUGCGACCAAGGAAGCGUACAUAACUAUGAUGGAGUACGUGUAUGGGAUUGACGUGAUGCGCGUUGUGGAGAGAGCCAUGUUCUUACCCGUCGACCAUGUGCGGAUCAUUAUGGCCCAACUAAUCCUAGCAGUGGAACAUCUCCACCUCAAGGGCAUCCUACAUAGAGACAUCAAGGUCUCAAAUAUGCUUAUUAUUCCUGGAGGACGUGUGAAGCUUAUAGAUUUUGACACCAACAAGAUCUGUCUUGGACAUUUCACAAAGCGUGUUAUAAGGGGGUACUUCCGGAGAACAUGUUUGGAAUUCCGUGACUGCGAAGCUGCUGGAACCAUUCCCUACAUGGCACCAGAGAUCCUCAAGCGUCGCCCAUAUGGACGCGCCUGCGAUUGGUGGUCAACCGGCAUUGUCUUCUACAAGUUGAUGACAGGGCGCGUCCCAUUCAGAGGAAGGUCGAGGAAGUUGCUUCGGGAUCGAAUAAUUGGCGCACCCCUCAAGUGGCCCAAAAUGGCUGAACGUCCAGCGUCUUCAGCAGCGAAGGAUAUGGUUUACCUGCUGCUCAAGAAGAAUCCCAUUGAGAGACUCGGCUCAAAGCAGUAUCGCGACGUGAAAACACACGCGUUCUUCGACAACUUCAGCUGGGCCAAGCUACGGACAACGAAAGAGCUCUGCAACGUUCCUGCCAUCUUUGAGCUCAUGCACAGCCCCGGCAACGAUACUGAGGGAGGUGCUGACGAAGAAGGAAAUAAUAGUAAUAUGUCACCUGGGGCAACUUCGCGUACGAAGAGGCGCAAGCUACUCCACAUGAAAGACUUAGCGGACAUGGACCGUUCGAUACAUCGACCGCUCUUUACAUAUGCGUCGCCCACUUUUCAGCGCAUAGUGAAAAUGGUGAAGGAAGCGGAGAAUCCAGUGUCGGUGGGCGCCACCUUCAUGGACGCCACCAACACAUUUUCCACAGAGCUGGAUUACCAGAAAGCGACAGAUGCUGAUUCUACUCUCGGACUUACUGGUCUCACACCGACCAACACUGAUGGUCUUUCUCGGCGGGCAACUGAGAGGCUGGACCUCAUCUUGUUCCGGAAGAAAAGCUUCGGACGCUUCUGGAACUUCGGUGUAAACUUGGAACCCGUAACGGGCGAAGGUGGACGCAACUUUUAUAUCGUGCAAAGCGUGAAACGCGGUAGCCCAGCACACCGAUCGCAGAUUGUGGAAGGGGACGUGGUGGUCGCCGUGAACGGAACAGACGUCUCGGAGCUACCCAUUAAUGCUGUCCGCAAAAUCAUGGAUUCGGCGGGUGACCAACUAGUGCUUACGGUCCUAUCCUCUAGCCCAUUUCGGAUCAUCAACACAAGGCAAGACAUGACGAGCAUCCUGCAGCGCUGCCAACCCCAGACUGUGUCGCUGGGAGUGGUGAAGGCCGGUUGCCGAAGUGGAGCGUCGUACGGCUUCACAACGACCGAAGUUAGGACGUGGGACCACAUCCAGAAAUCCUUCAUCAGGUUGCAUAUUAUCGAUCGAGUGAAGGAUGUUUAUUUGCUCUCUCGGUUCCGGGGUCUCUUCCCUGGAGACAUCAUCACUCACAUCGAGAACGUCUCCGUGUCCCAAAUGAGUCAGGCUGCGCUACGUCAAUCACUGGCCAAUGGAGGCCCAGAGCUGCAGAUGACCAUCGCUCCGUUGUCACCUCUCAGACAGAGACGGCCUUCGUCCACUCGUCUACGCGAAACGUUUCUCUCCAACGACAGCGUAGGCGAGCCCUCGAGUGUGGCUGCCAUCACUGCGCCCAUUGGCGAUUGAAUAGUUCCGGAUAAUUGCUUGAUUACAGGCUGCGACACAAAGUGCCCGCCGUUUCUUAAUAUAAGACGGAAUAAAGUUCAUUGACCAUGA